AUGCGUCGAUUUAAUCCUAUAUGGUUUAAAGAGUAUGGAAGUUGGUUGGAAUAUAGUAUUGAAAAGGAUGCUGCAUAUUGUUUAUAUUGUUAUCUAUUUAGACAAGAUGUUGGUAUGCAAUCUGGAAGUGAUAGUUUUGUGACAAAUGGAUUCAAUAGUUGGAAUAAGAAAGGAAAGCUAGACAUAUAUGUUGGAGGUGUUAAUAGUGCCCAUAACCAAGCUCUUAAGAAUGGUGAAAAUCUAAUGAAGCAAAACCAACACAUUCAAAGUGGGUUAGCUUUUCAUGGUCAUGAUGAAUUUGAUAAUUCAAGUGAUAAAGGAAAUUUCCUUGACCUUCUACAAUUUUUGGCAAAUCAUAAUGUUGUUAUUAAUGAAGUGUUGCAGAAAACUCCAAAAACCAACAAGCUAACCUAUCCUGAUAUUCAAAAAGACAUUGUGAAUGCAGCUGCAUAUAAAACUACCAAUGCCAUUAUUGAAGAUCUUGACAGUGGGUUCUUUUCAAUUUUAGUUGAUGAGUCCUGUGAUAUCUCAAUAAAAGAACAAAUGGCUAUUGUUUUGCGUUAUGUGGAUAAAAAGGGAAUUGUUACAAAGCGAUUUCUUGGUAUUGUACAUGUAGCCUCCGCUUUGUCUCUAAAAGCUGCAAUUGAAUUUUUAUUCUGUAAAUAUGAAUUAAGUUUAUCAAGACUAGGUGGGCAAGGUUAUGAUGGGGCCAGUAACAUGCAAGCUGUUGCUAACAAGCAUACUGAUAUUGCUGAAUUUUUAAGCUUUGUUAGUAAAAUAGUAACUAUUGUUGGAGUCUCUUGUAAAAAACGAGAAUUUUUACAAAAUGCACAACUUGCCAAAAUUCAAGAAGCAUUGAACUUGGGUGAACUUAAAAGUGGGCAAGAUUUAAACCAAGAGACAAUUCUUAAACAUGUUGGUGAUAGACAUUGGGGAUCACAUAUAGGACAAUCUUCAACUUAA